GGGUGAAAUAUCCGGUAUUUUUCUGCGAACUCUUGCAAUCUACCAGACAUGCCUGGCGCGAAGCAUUCGUUUAGCAAGUCCACAAUUGCAGGCAAGCGGGCUAAGCGGUCAUCAGCCAAAGCGCCCUCGUAUCCCGAGCUAGAUCUCAAGCCAGAAUUUAUCAAGUCGGUCACGACAAAUACGCCUCGUCUGGCCGGUCUACUUGGCCUCGAAACAAACCGGGAGCUGGUACUGAUGGUGCCGAAGGAUACUUCGGUAUCGCCAAUCUUUGACAGCUCCCUCGACAGCUACCGAGCGUCAUACAACACGGAUCCGAAAGGGCCGAUUGUGGCCAACUACAGCCCGGAGACACUGUACUCCCUGUGUCGCGACCGAACAUAUGACGAGAUGGUCUGCGCCCCUCAGGCGCCGGUACUGAUGCCGGACGACUCCGUCUUUGACACAAAGAAGGCCAUGCACAAGAACUUGGUGAUUAUUAACCACACCUUCCGAUUCAUGAUAGCGAAACAGUCCCUGUUCGGCCGGGCUGAUCUCCAGAACAGCAAGAGGGUCAUUGACCCCGAAGAUUGGUUCAAGGCAUUCUCCACCGUGCACUGGGCCAACAAGGCGUCAAGAAAGCGACCCCCCGGAGCGACCGAGCCAGCAGACGGGCCAGCCAACUACGAGACAUUUUGGCUUCAGAAUACGGAGAGGCGAUAG